UUCGGCAGGCUAUUGCAUCCCCCCGUGUGGGCGCAGCCUGCCUCUCUCCGGACGUGCUGGGAGCUGCACUAGUGCUCUCCUAUGUGGUAACGCAGCGCGGACAUAGAUAGGCAUGAGAGGAUAACACUGCCCCCUGGCGUCAGACUUCCUGAACAAGAGUUUAAGUUUUGAUUGCUAGUGCUGUUUCACCCGGAAGGUGUUUGAGAUAGAACACCAGCUUCCUGUGCUGCUGGUGGUGUCAGCAUGAAGAAGGAGCAGGUGGUGCACAGUCAGUUCUCUGUGUGGUAUCCCAGGUUUAAGAAGCUCAGUAUCAGGAGCAUAAUCAUCCCUCUGCCAGAAAAUGUGAAGGACUAUUUACUUGAUGAUGGCACUCUUGUGGUCUCUGGAAGGGAAGAUUCUCCAGGAUGUUCUCAAACAGACCUCAACAUUAAUGGGGAAGAAGAGGUGCAGUGGUCAGAUGAUGAAAGCACAGCCACUCUAACGGCUCCAGAAUUUCCUGAGUUUUCCAUAAAAGUUCAAGAGGCUAUUAAUUCCCUUGGAGGCAGUGUUUUUCCUAAACUGAACUGGAGUUCUCCCAGGGAUGCCUAUUGGAUUGCAUUGAACAGCACGUUGAAAUGUAAAAGCCUCAGUGACAUCUUUCUACUCUUUAAGAGCUCUGAUUUUGUGACACAUGACUUCACACAGCCGUUUAUUCACUGUACAGAUGAUUCUCCGGACCCCAGUGUAAAGUAUGAGCUUGUUCUUAGAAAAUGGUGUGAACUGAUCCCGGGCGCAGAGUUCAGAUGUUUUGUUAAAGAGAACAAACUUAUAGGUAUAUCACAGAGAGAUUAUACACAAUAUUAUGAUCACAUCUGUAAUCAAAAAGGAGACAUUCGCAGAUCAAUACAGGAUUUCUUCAUAGAGCACAUUCAGUACAACUUCCUGGACGAGGACUUUGUUUUCGACAUAUACAAAGACAGUGAGGGCAAAAUAUGGCUGAUUGAUUUUAACCCAUUUGGUGAAGUAACGGACUCUCUGCUGUUUACCUGGGAAGAAUUGAUGAGAGGAGAUGAAGAGACUUUACAUCAGGAUAGCCCAACUUUCCGCUAUACAUCUAGUGAAGUCACAGUCCAGCCUAGCCCUUAUUUGAGUUACCGUUUGCCAAAGGAUUUUGUAGAUCUUUCUACAGGUGAAGAUGCACAUAAACUUAUCGAUUUUCUUAAAUUGAAACGGAAUCAAGAAGAGGAGGAUUCAGAUGAUUAGGUUAAUCUUUAAUCAGCUGUCAUUGUCAAGUCACAUCUCCCUCUGGUGUCUUGUAUACGUGACUUUGCUGUUUGGAGAUAUGUGAUCGUUUAGCAGUUCAUGAAUACAAACUACACUUCACGGAAAGCAAAUUAACUUUAAUACUAAAAUAGUUUGCAUUCAAUUUCUUGUUCCCUACAGUGCUGGAUUUAAAAAAAGAAUGAAAAUGCUUCGGUGCUUUUUCCAGUACAUAUGUUUUGUUGUUUUACAUGACUGAAGUGAGUGGGAGUGAGCUGGGCAAAGUUUGCCUUCAUACUGGGUGUUGCCUCAGAAUUAGCAGUAUGCAGUUGUACAUUAUACAGUAUGGGAAGCUGAUUAUCUCAUGGUUUAUCACUUAACAUUGAUCAGUAGUUUAUCCAUGUCAGCGUUUUGAAAUACAUCUUUGUAUAACUUACUGUUCUCUUCUUAAUCAUGAAUAAAAAAAAU